AUGGGUUCAGCGACUGAAAGCCCUCCUCCACACCAGGGCGAGCAUGAGAAUACACUCCCUGCGGAGAAGAUCGUCUCUGUGACCGACACCUCGACUGCAUCAUCCACCACCACCAGCAAGAAGUCCAAGUCCGACACCGACGCCAAGGAUGCCACAUCAGAGCAGACGGCCUCGUUAGGCAGUUAUUUUAGGUUACUGUCCCAUGCAAGUGCGUCGGAUCGUGCCAUCCUCGCCGUUGCCCUCCUCUCCUCCAUCGGGUCGGGUGUUCCCCUACCGCUCAUGAACAUCGUGUUUGGGAAUAUGGUCGGCGAAUUCAACGGAUACUUCACCGACGACUCCUCCACCACCGAAGCCGAGUUCAAGUCCGCCAUCAGCAAACUGAGCCUGUACAUCGUCUACCUCUUCAUCGCCAAAUUCGCCCUCACAUACUUUUCGAUGUACUGCUUCCGCGUGAUCGGCCUCCGCGUCUCCGGCACCCUCCGCCUGCAGUACAUGCACGCGCUCUUCGCGCAGCCGAUCAGCAAGCUGGACCUGGUCUCCGUCGGCACCGUCACCAACACGAUCACCACGCUCUCCAACUCGAUCCAGCAGAGCAUCUCCGACAAGCUGGCCAUCCUGUUCCAGUCACUCGCCCUGCUCGUCGCCGCCUACGUCAUCGCCUUCCGCUACUCGUGGGCCCUGACGCUCGUCACCAGCGCCGCCCUGGUCUUCAUUUUCGCCGUCUGCUUCAUCGCCGUGCCGAUGAUGACCAAGAUCCAGCGCCAGGUCGACAAGGCCGACGAGAAGCACUCCUCCAUCGCCGCCGAGGUCAUCGGCUCGAUCCGGACGGUCGUGUCCCUGGGCGCCGAGGGGACGUUGGCGCAGCGGUACGCCGACUGGAUCGAGAUCGCCCGGUUGCGCGGCCGCAAGCUGUCCGUGGUGAUGGCGGUGCAGCUGGGGCUGGUCUUCUUCGCCAUGUACGCGAGCUACUCGUUGGCGUUUUGGUUCGGGCUCAAACUAUACCGGGAGGGGCAUAUCCAAAACAUCAACACGGUUAUCACGGUGUUCUUCUCGGUGAUGGUGGCCGUCAGCGUGCUGGGCCGCAUCGCCUCCCCGCUCGUGACCAUCGCCAAGGCCGCCAGCGCUGCGGGCGCCUUCUUCGAGAUGAUCGACAGCGACAAGCCGAAUGCAAGUGGACUCCGUGGCCCGGAAGUCUCCGCGGAGGUCGACCUUGUCUUCCAGAAUGUGCAUUUUACCUACCCGUCGCGACCCGACUCGAAGGUGCUCAAGGGCUUGAACGCCCGGUUCCAGAAACACAAGACGACGGCCUUGGUUGGUCCCUCGGGCUCCGGUAAGAGCACGAUCGUGGGUUUGCUGGAGCGCUGGUAUGAGCUGAAUGCCAAUGCGGAGCAUCCCGACCAAGGGGCUAUCCUGGUCGGGGAGCACAAUGUCCAGGAUCUGGAUCUGAAGUGGUGGCGCACGCAGAUCGGGCUGGUGCAGCAGGAGCCGAUCUUGUUCAACGAUACCAUCUUCAACAACAUCGCGUACGGGCUGAUCGGCACACAGUGGGAGCAUGAGUCGGACGAGGUCAAAAAGGGGCUCGUACAGCAGGCUUGCAGGGAGGCGUUUGCGGAUGAGUUUAUCGAUCGGUUGCCGGAGGGUUUCGCGACUAUGGUCGGCGAGAACGGGACGAAACUGAGCGGCGGACAGCGGCAACGGCUGGCCAUCGCGCGGAGUAUCGUCAAGCAACCGACCAUCCUCAUUCUGGACGAAGCGACCAGUGCCAUCGAUGUAAGAGGCGAGAAGAUCGUGCAGGCGGCGCUGGAUCGCCUCGCGGAGAACCGUACAACCAUCGUGAUCGCCCAUCGGUUGACGACGAUCCGCAAAGCGGAUCACAUCAUCGUGAUGAAGGGUGGGGUUGAUGUCGAGCAGGGAACGCACGAGGAGCUUCUGGCAAUCGAGGAUGGGGUGUACAGUGGGCUGGUGAAUGCCCAGACUCUCGAGCUGUUAGACGCAGAAGGGAGUGACAUUCACGAUGAGAUGGACGACACCGACGACGACGCCAAGUCAGCCAAGAUGAGCUUGAAAAAGUUCGGAAAAGAAGAAGAGCUGGAGAAGUCGAAGAACAGAGGCUUUUUUGGCAGUAUUGGAGUGUUCCUAUACGAGAACAGAGGGCAAUGGCGUUUCUACCUUCCGGCCUUGCUCGGCGCCGCUGGUGCUGGAGCUGCCUACCCCAUUCAGAGUUGGCUGUUUGCGAGAAUCAUCCAGGUCUUCCAGUACUCAGGGGAUAAGCUGGUGCACGCUGCCAAUUUCUGGGCUCUGAUGUUCUUGGUUCUCGCUCUGGGGAAUGGGGUCUGUUAUGCCCUGAUCGGCUAUUCCGCCAACCGGUUCUCAGUGGAAAUCUCCUCGUACUGCCGAACUGAAUACUUCCAGAACAUCAUCGAGAAGCCCAUCCCCUUUCACGAUCGCACCGACAAUGCCUCAGGCUCGCUGGUCUCUCGUCUGGCUACCGACCCCAAGCAAGUGCAGGAACUCCUUGGCAUCAACGGAGCGCUUCCCUGCAUGUCGAUCUUCGGUAUGAUCGGAUGUAUCAUCAUCGCCUUCACUUUCGGCUGGAAACUCAGUCUGGUGGCUGUGUUAGCAGCGCUGCCUUGCACCUUUCUGGCGGCCUUCAUGCGCAUUCGCUACGAAGUGCAAUUCGACGCGAUGAAUGCAGCCGUCUACUCUGGCAGCUCGCAGUUCGCAGCGGAAGCCAUCGACGCCUUCCGGACGGUGUCAGCACUGACAAUGGAGGACGCCAUCCUGAACCGCUACUCAACCAUGCUACUUGCGCAGCAAAAGAAGGCCUUCCACAAGGCAUGGUAUGCAACCUUAGUCUUCGCCUUCUCCGAUAGUGUCGAGCUGUGCGCUAUGGCGCUCACCUUCUGGUACGGAGGGCAGCUCCUCGCCUCACGAGAAUACGAGCCCACCUCCUUCUUUGUGAUCUACAUGGCCAUAAUUCAGGGAGGACAGCAAGCCGGCCAGUUCUUUAGUUUUGGGUCAAACAUCGCCCAGGCCAUUGCCUCCGCGAACCGCAUGCUGGACUUCCGGCCGAACCGCAACGAGAACCCACAGCAGAUGACCACCACCACCACCAAUAGUGCAGGCCAGUCUGCAACAGCAGCAAGCAUCAGCUUCCGCGACGUCACUUUCCGCUAUGCUUCACACGACCGCCCCCUCUUCACGGGCCUAAACCUGGACAUCAGCCCAGGCCAAUUCGUCGCCUUCGUCGGCCCAUCCGGUUGCGGAAAGACCACCGUCAUUUCCUUGCUCGAACGAUUCUACAGCCCCGCCAAAGGCACUGUCCUCCUCAACGACCAGGAUAUCACCACCAUCGACCCGGCCACGUACCGCAAGACUAUCUCGCUGGUGGCCCAGGAACCCCGACUAUUCGAGGGCACCAUCCGCGAAAACAUCACCCUCGGCUUGCCCAACCCAUCUGAGGUUUCGGAUACGGAAAUCGAACAAGCAUGCCGCGACGCCGAAAUCCACGACUUCAUCACCUCCCUCCCGCAGGGGUAUGCCACCGAGCUAGGUAUCAAAGCUCAGGCUGCUUUGAGCGGCGGCCAACGCCAGAGGCUGUGUAUUGCAAGAGCGUUGCUGCGGAAGCCGAAGCUACUGCUCCUGGACGAGGCGACGUCGAGUCUGGAUUCGCAGUCCGAGAAGGUGGUGCAGGCUGCGCUGGAACGGUUGGCGGCGAAGAGGUGUCUGACCAUCGUCGCGGUGGCGCAUCGGUUGGCGACGAUUCAGAAAGCGGAUGUCAUCUUUGUGUUUGGGGAGGGAGGGCUUGGUGGGUCGAGAGUCGUCGAGCAGGGGACGCAUGCGGAGUUGGUGGUGAGGCGGGGGGUCUAUUACCAAAUGGUAAGCUCUCUUUCUCUCUGA